CAAAUUUUCAAACCCCUUUCUAUUAUCUCUCUAUAUAUAGCCCCACCACCUUCUCUAUCCUCUCGUGCUCUUCCAAUCCAGCUCCAAUUCUCUCUCGAUCUCUAAACUUCCAUCGUCAACCAAUCAAUAUAAAAUACCCUUAGUCAUAUCAUCAUAUCACUCCAUUAGUUACAUAUAAAUAUAAUCUAUUAUACUAAUACUGUAAUAAUUGACUAGCUAGUAUAUGGAUCUCGUCAAGAACGGCGGUGGCCUUCCCGGCUCCGAUGACGACGCCGAUCUCCGGCGAGGCCCUUGGACCGUCGAGGAAGACUUUGCCCUCAUCAACUACGUCGCCCACCACGGCGAAGGCCGCUGGAACUCCCUCGCUCGCUCCGCCGGUCUGAAACGCACCGGAAAAAGUUGCAGGUUACGAUGGCUCAAUUAUCUCCGACCCGACGUCCGUCGUGGAAACAUCACCCUUGAAGAACAAAUCCUCAUUCUCGAACUUCAUUCUCGUUGGGGCAAUAGGUGAUGAGUAUUUUCAAGCAAACCUUGUUACAAUAACGAGUUGAGAAUUGAGUAAUGUUAUAGUGUUUUAUUAUUUUAUAGUUUUAAUUGCCGGAUGUUUGUCCAAUUUGGGUCAGAAUUGAGUAACGUUAAUUCAUUGAAGAUGAACAAUGCUUUCAUGCUUUGAUGAUAAUUAGGUGGUCGAAAAUUGCACAACAUUUGCCGGGGAGGACCGAUAAUGAGAUAAAGAAUUACUGGAGGACUAGAGUGCAAAAGCACGCCAAGCAGCUAAAAUGUGACGUGAACAGCAAGCAAUUCAAGGACACCAUGCGCUACCUAUGGAUGCCGCGGCUGAUGGAGAGGAUUCAGGCUACGGCCGCCGCCACGUCCUCUUCCACCACCACCUCAACCGCCACCGACAGCGUCAUUCCGGCCACCUACCACCCAAUCCACGACCACGUCCAAAGCACGGACAUCUCCACCACGUCGAGCCACGUGUCCGACGUGGCGGACUACAACGACUGCAUGAACUUCACAGCGGCGGAGAACUCGAGCACCACCUCCGACUCCUUCGGCACACAAUUCUCGCCGGUUUCCGACGGCUGUUACAAUAAUAUCCCCAUUCCUAACCAUGGUCAUGAGUUUGGUUAUGGCGGUCAAACCUUAUCCAACCCGACCGCCGGUUACUUUAACCAUGGUCCGGAGUUGGAACAAAGCAUGGAACAAAACACCAACCAAUGGAUGAACGGUGGGGAUGUGUCCGACAACCUAUGGAGCGUCGAAGAUAUGUGGCUCCUCCAACAAAGAUUCAACUAUCUUUCCUAAAAGAACAAAUAAAAAAUAUACAAAUAUAUAUUAUGGAAUGUUUGGAAUGUAGAAUUUAUUUUUUUACAGUAGAGAAAUUGAAUUUGAUUUAAUUAAUUAAAUCAGAUAUAGUUGACAGCGAGGAAAGAAAAAGCAACAAGAAAUAUUAUAGUAUGGUCAAUUGGGACACAUGCUAAUUUCAGCUUAAUGAGUUGCAGCUGUAUAAUUAUUGUGAUUUGUGAUAAAAUUUUCCUUUUUGUUAGUGUUUGGGUAUGUGGAUUAGUGAUGGAGAUCGAUGUAUAAGUAUGAUUGUAACCUCGUGAUGAGUCUUUAAUUAUGGUCUUGAUGAGGAAUUGUGUUUUGACUUUGCUAA